AUAUCGGUAGAAUUAAAAUCAGCCAAUCGUCGCGCAGAAAGUGUGAUUGAGCAGCCAAUCGUUGCGCAGGGGGCGGGGCUUUUCUGAAAACUGGUGGGGGGAAAAAUAGUCUUCAGGUGAGAAAAAAACAGAUCUGCGCCGCCUGCGUGUGUUUCACAGGUUGUUGUGAACUACAGCGAUCUACCGCUUUAAAUAUAGAGCUCUCUCUCUCUCUGUUUCUCUCUCUCUCUCUGUUUCUCUCUCUCUCUCUCUCUGUUUCUCUGUGUGUGCUGGGGGGUUGUGGUGCUGUGUGUGGUGGUGAGUAUUACUCAGCCUGUUAGUCAUGAAGUUUUGCGGGAGAGGCGAUGCUCGGGCUCGGGGCUCGGCUGAUUCGCUAAACCGCGCCAGUCUCCGGAGCUCUCUCGACUGAUGCAGUCUGACGCUUCAGAGCAACUUUUGGCUGGAGGCGUCGGAGGGCUUGCGUGGAUGAACUGCAGAAACCUGGAGCUGAACUUCAGCCGAUUGGCGGAGAGCCCUCGCUUCUCCCGGAGCUCCUCUGGCUGCUCCUCCUCAGGAUGGGCAACCACGGGGACAAGCCUGCCCCUCUGAGUUACGCCGAAGUGCCCACAGCUGAUCCGGACCCCGGCGAGGACACCCCGCGGAUCGGCGUGUCGUACGUGUUCGCCACAGAUGACGACGACGACGAGGAGGAGGAGAACCAGAGCAGGAACCAGAACCAGGAGCGCGGCGAGCACGGGGAGGAGCGGGGGGACUGGCCGGAUGGAGAGCGCAGGAGGCGGGAGGACGAGCUGCCGUGCGCCGUGUACCACCUGGACGAGUGUGUGUACGAGAAACACUCGACCCCCACUGACACUCUGUCUCCAGAGCAGCUGCUCCAGACCUGCAGGCCGGGAGAUCUGGUGGAGUUCGUGGCUGCCGGGCAGUACCCCCACUGGGUCGUGCAUGUUGGGGGGUCCCAGGUGGUCCACCUCCACCGGGCUGAGGUAAAGAGCAGCUACCUGGGCCAAGCCAGCCAGGGCAGGCGGGGCAGGGUGGUCAGCGAGCUCUACAGGUUCAGGCCCCUCAGCCCUGAUGUUGUGGUGCAGAAAGCCAUGGAGCAGGUGGGCAUCGCUGGCAGAGAUCUCAGCUGGAGGAACUCUGAGUGCUUCGCUGCCUGGUGCAAGUUCGGCCGCAGGGAGUUCAAGAUGGGUGGGGAGCUGAGGAUAGGUAAGCAGCCGUACAGGUUGAUGCUGAUCCUGCCAGGCAAGCAGUGCCAUGUGCUGGAGUUUCAGAGUCUGGAGGACUUGAUCAUGGAGAGGAGGCGGAAUGACCAGAUUGGCAAAAUGGCUGUGAUCCAGGAGCUGGCCACUCAUUUAACCCACGAUGGAGGAAGCAGGGGGGGACAGAAGGGUCACUGACCAGAAGCUCGAAUGCGUGGAACAUUUAGGAAAAGCGUUUUUCAAUCUGGUGCAAAUUCACGGAUGAAUGACAGUACAGGAAGAGUAGUUGUGGAGCUGUACAACAAGCUGCUCCUACAGGUUAACAGUGCCAUGUGCUGGAGUUUCACAUAAUUAAAGGAUGACUGACCGACCGACCGACAGCUCGAAUAUGUAGACCUCUUCAGAGAAUUUCUUCCUCAUUUUCCAAACUGCUGUUAAUUUCUGUACAUUUUCACAUAAUUAAGUUCAGCCUGAUGAUUUGAUGAUGGUUAAACAAUGGUUACAAAUGGUUUCAAGAAAGCAUCUGUUCUUUUUAUCCACCAGUUUUAUCAUGCCAUUUCUGUCAAGCCUAAUGAUGAUUCUCAGAAAGUAGCCAUAUCCUCAGGAUGUGAUUUAGCCUACUAUGCCUUUUUGAAAAAAAAAAACAAAAGCAAAUGGUGGUUAAUAUGUUAAGUUGUUCCAAUUAAUGGUUCAGUAAAUUAUUAUUGCACUGAAAUGCACUUGCAAAUGAUCUUUUUUUUUCAAAGCAUGCCCACACAGAAUUUGCUAAUGAAACAGUUCAUCUGUUUUGGGCCUGGAAAUGCACAUGUUGGAUGAGGCCUUGGGGGUCUUAACACGCAGCACUUCAUUUUUAGGUCAGAAAGGUCUUUUGUAAACACUGGGUCAAGCAGUUUAUUUAUAUCGUAACCUUAUUUUUCCAGUGUGUGCUUGUACUGCUGGGUUACAACGAGAUUUCAAACUCAAUAUAAAGGUGCUCCUCACAAGCAUGUUACUUUUGACAGAUUAGACUGAAUGAUGUUCAGGGAGAAAGAGCAACAGAGUUACAGAACAAAAGUAAAGUGAGAAACUACCAUUUAAUGCAUAAUGUGUUUAUUAAGAAAAUGUUGUUUUUUCAUUGUAAAUUUCCAUUACAAUUAUGGGUGUCACAAUGUUCAAAAUUCAGAAAUCGAUUUCAUGCAAAUCACUAGUGUCACUGUGUGAUACAUAUUUUUAUAUGGCAACAAGAAGUAGUGCUUAAGGGAAGGCACUGCCUACUAAUAAUCACUUUUAAACAUUUAGUCUACACUCACUCACUUCAUGAGGAAGACUGUACUAACCUUAUAUGAGCAUUGCCCAGAAAACAGCCUUUAUUCUGAUUGGCAUAGAUUUUACAAGAUGCUGCAAGAUUCUUUUGAUAUUCUGCUCCAUGUUUACAUAAUUGCAUCCCAUAUUUCCUGCUGGUUUUGUCAUGAGCAAUUUCAAGCAAAUCAUUCUUUUUUACCACAUCCCAAAGGCCAUCUGUUGGAUUCAGAUUAUAUUCUAUUGGAAUCAGUGACUGAGAAGGCCACAGAAAAACACUGAAUGUACUGGUAUGUUCUUAAACCAGUCUAAGAUAGUGUUUUACUUUGUUGAGCUAAAAAGAAAACCAUGAUUUUGGUACCACAUUCUGACCCUACCAGGUGUGUGACCCACUGCAGCCACAGCUUUCUGCUCUUGGCUGAAAAGUGGCAGCCAAAGUAAUAUUCUGUUUUUGUAGUUUAUCCACCUCACAGUCGAUGUGUGUGGCAUUCUGAGAUAUGCAUAUUUUGCUCACCACCACAAUUGUACUGAGUGCUUAUCUGAAUUACUGUCACCUUUUUGUUAGCUUAAACCAGACUGUAAUUUUUACUUUAUUGGACAAUCCUGAGUACUUUCUUACUCUAAAACUAGAAAAGAAGACACAAUCAGCAGUUAAGAAAAUAUUUAAACCAGCCCAUCUGAAUUCAACAAUUAUUCUACUCUCAAAACUACAUUUUGAUGUGAACUAGGGGUAUAAAAUAUCUAUUAAAAUACAUUUUAGCUCUUCUAAGCAGUUUUUUGUGUUUGUGUUCGUGUUUACUGUAGGCAUCUACCUCCAGCCUAAUUGUGUCAUGUGAGCACAGUUUGCAGCGAAAAAAAAAAGCUCCCUCUGUUGCUGCACUUGGGUAUUGCAGUUUAUAUUUGCCGUUGUCCACUAUGUUAUCACAGCUCUCUUGGUGUUUUCACUGUGAAAACCCAUGUCACAAUAAUGAAAAACAAAUGUGAUUUAUCUUUUAGUCUUAAUAUGUACAUUAACACAAGCUACUGUCCCACAUUGUCAUGAUUUUAUGCACUGAAUCAGUAGGUGUAAAGGUCUUCCUAAUAAAUUUCUCAGUGAAUGUAGCUUAAAAUAUCAAUAUACUUGUACAUUGACUUUUGCCAUGAUUAUUGAAAUCAUAACACCCUUAAACAUAAGACAGUGGAUUUGUAUUUACCUGUUCAAUAUCAUCCAGCCCUGAGAAUGAAAUAUGCAAAAGCUGUGGUUUGGCUUAAAUUUAGAGGAAGUAGCUGGAAUGCUACAUCACUGGAGAAGUCUCAAAGCAAACCAGACUGAGGAUUCUGAUCAAGCUAUUCAGUAAGCAAGACAGACACAGUGGCCUUCAUCUAUCAUAACACUCUCAGCCUAGACGUUCACUCUAGCGCAAAAGAAAAUCCUAGACCAGAGCCACAGGCAGUGGGUCAGAACAGCAGCUGGCUCAGCCGCCGGUUUUGCCGAUGGUUGGAUGCGUAAACUCUAAGCUGGCACUCGGUAAUCAAGCAUGAAAUACAUGGGCAUUUUGAAGAGGCAGACCCAAUUGCCAGAGAAUCAUGCAGUGAAUCAUCCCAGAGUACGAGGGGCUUCGCCUCUGAGAUAUGGCCGAGAUGAGGCUCUUUUACGGGCUGGGGGGAAAGAAGGUGUUUUAUGAUUCAGGCCCAAUCUCUCUGUCUCAGAGUCACACAGGGUAAACACAGGGAUGCUGGGAAAAGAGGGAUGUAAUUACAGCUGCCACUGAGAGUGAGUAAUGACUGCCCACAAAGGCAACAAGGCACUCUUUGUGCGUCACUUUAGCGCCAGCGCUAAUGCCAGUGUGAAACAACUGCCCCCUAACGAGUGCUUCUUCAGCAGCGUGGCGAGCCAGAUUGGUGAUUGGCUGCAGAGUUGGUUGCACUGCACUGUGCACUCUGUGUGUGUGUGGAUUAUUAGUACACCGGCUGAGUCGCUGGUGAUAUUGCCCUCAGCCUGAGGGACACUGCAGGUGGCUCUUUGUCUCUGUUCUCGAUUGCGCUCCAUUAUUACUUUGCUCUUGUCAGCUAUAUCAUUGCUGAGUCUGAGAGUGGGAAGCAUCCCCAUUCAUUUAGUCCAGGGGUGUAAAUUUCAGACUGAUUCAAACGAUUCAGUUGUAAUGAUUCUUUAGGAAAAGGAACAAGGCAUUUGAAUUAAUUGAUUCAUGUUCUUGCUAUGAUUAUUAUUUGUUAACAAAGCAUUGAAUAUGAAACAGACAGUGACUGGAAAAAAGUAUGGUGGAAUAUUGGCAAUAAAUACAAAAUUGUU